AUGGUUGCCAUGUCGCAGAAGGAGAAUCUCACCUUAAGGAUCAAUUCGCCUCCAGGUCCCAUAGAAAGGGUCCCGUCUGAGGAUCCUGUCUAUGGCGAAGAUGAUCAAGAUGGCGCCCAGUCUGUCAUGCAGCCCGCCUUGAACGCCGUCGCCACUCGCCUCACCUUACCAAAAACAUCCGCGGCUGAAAAGGCUGCGGCUAUGGAAACCAGGCAAAGUCGCCGAGCUUUUGAUUCUGGUCUUCCUAGCAGUGAAGAUUCUUCGAGCUCUCCAGAAUUGACGCCUUUCCCGGACGAGAUACCCACCAAUUUCGAACCCGAAUCCGACCUGCAAAUCUCUCCGUCAUCACCAGCUCGACGACCAACGCCCAAACUUCAAAAGCCUAGACCUGCUCCGAGAGAGAGGGAUCUGCCCUCACCGUGGCAAUCGAGUCCUCGAAAUGCCUUUUUUGGUAGUGGAGACGGCGCGGGUCAUAAGAGUGCCCUGGAGUCGAUAUCCUUCGGCCAAACGAGACAUAAACGAUCGUCGUCUACCGGAGCCGACGCGUUGAAACGUUUCUCAAAAGCACUGCCCUCAUUUCCAGCGCCGUCGUCGAUCUUCAAUUCCUUCUCCUUCUUCACGGCCGCUGCCGAGAAAGCGGAGCCAAAAGUCACAUCAACUCCACGCAAAUCAACUUUUCCUCAAUCGAGUAGACCUCAUAGUAACACGAGUCCUGAAUCUCAUCUAGCCGCUCGCCCUCGCCAGGCUGAAGCCUCAAAGGAUGCUGCGAAUGUUAGUCGGGCUUCUGUCUCAUCGUCUCGACCGCCUACAGCCCGACCUCGUGCCCUCCGAAGGGUCACCUCCGAUGAUUCGCUCUUGUAUCACUCUCUAUCUCGCACAUCCUCCAUCGGUGACGACGACGGAAGAUUUGAACACGUACGAGAGAUGGCCAACGUAAGGAUGAAGGCGAUCAAAGACAGUUUACCCGAAAGACCGACUUUCAAAAUGCUUAGUCUGCCCAAACUCCCGUCAUCACUAAGGCUGAACGAAGAUGCGGUGAAUAGUACAACAUCCAUCCCGAAACUUCAACCGGAUGACCCUGCAAUUUUGGACAAAGUACUAGAGAAGCUCACGGGCGACAUCGUUAUUCUAGGCGGCUAUCGUGGCUCAAUUUUGCGGUCAGCUGAGCCACCGCACCAGCAGCUCUGGGCUCCCGUCAAAAUUGGGCUGAACAUGAGAAAGGUUGACCUUGAGGUUGGCCUUGACCACGAAGAUGAGGAGAACAUGGAAGAGCGUAUCAUUCCCUCGGGAAUGCUUCAGAAUAUUGGUCCGAUCGACAUCUCGCGGAAACUGUUCAGGAAAGUUGCGGCCUGCGAGAACGUUCGUAAAGGAAAGCUGCGACUGUGGGACUACGGUUACGAUUGGAGACUCAGCCCUCAUCUACUGUCACGAAAGAUGGUCGAAUUCAUGGAAAAGCUUCCAUCCAACCAGCCGGACUCACAAGAGCCAAGGGGCGCGCUUGUCUUGGCACAUAGUCUUGGCGGCCUCAUCACACGCCAUGCUGUCAACCAGAGGCCAGAGCUUUUUUCGGGUGUCGUCUACGUCGGUACACCACAAAGAUGCAUCAAUGUCCUAGGGCCUCUCAGGGAUGGCGAUUCGGUUUUGCUGAACGAGAAGAUUUUGACUGCACAGGUCAACUUUUCAAUAAGGACCUCGUUUGUCUUCCUUCCCGAAGAUGGCGCCUGUUUCGCCAACAAAGAAACCAAAGAGGAAUAUCGUGUCGACUUUCACGAUGUCAAUACAUGGAUCAAGUACCGCCUCUCGCCAUGUAUAGAGGCAACAUUACCACCGCUCAACCCGAAGGAGAGCCCAUACAAUUUCAGCUCCCUUCUUCCGCUUCGCAGUCGCGCCUCGAGCGAGAAAAAGAACAGCCACGUCCCACCAUCUUCCUUGGCUGAUGCUGCUCGUCGAGUCGAACUUGCACGAGAGGGCAAUCUCAACCCCCAGAUUGACGGAAACGUUCACCACCAAGAUUCUCAUCAGAAUACACCGUCGCCCUUCACCAAGGGCGUUCCAGGGACCCCAACGCCGCCCAACCGGGCCAGGAAUCUUGCUUACCUUGAGCGCACCCUUGCGGAGGUGAAAAGGUUCCGCGCCGAGACACAGUAUAAGCCGGCGCAUACGGAAGCUAACGUCUACCCACCUCUCGGCGUUAUCUACAGUAAGGAGAUUCCAACCGUCUCUGCGGUCAACGUUAGCAGUCGUGAGGCUAUUGCCCACGCCGACGCCUACGACAACCUCAUCUUUGGUGCCGGAGACGGUGUCGUUCUAAGUCGUGAGGCUCAGCUGCCAGAGGGAUACGAGCUGGUGAACAACGGUCUGGUACGCACCAGGCGCGGCCACUUGACCAUGCUCGGCGACCUGCCAGCCGUGGGCAAGGCACUAGAGGCUGUCAUUCGGGGCCGACGAAAAGGUAUCGGGAUGGGCCAUGCGGUUCAGAAGGCCAAGGCGGGCAGGAGUCGCGUCGCCGAAGCUUAG